UAAAAUAAAUAAAUAGAUAGAAACAAUUAAACAAAGAAAUCAGUAUAUAAAUAAGUAUUAGCAGGGUGAGCCAUUGCUCCCCUGACUCAAAACUCUCUAUCUCUGUCUCUCUCUCUUUUUUUUUUAACUCAGUCCUUAUUUUCUCUUUUCCAGUUGUAGAGAGUUAAUCUAACAGUCCAAAUGGGAGUUUGGGUGGAUGCCAAUUCUCUUAUUUCAUCAUCUUUUUACCUGCUGGUUUUGUGCCUUAUCUGCAGCCGCAAUGGAAAUGCUGCUGCUGCAAAUGGCUGCGAUUUGUUUACAGGCAGGUGGGUUUUGGAUCCAUCUUACCCUCUUUACAAAGCCUCAGCUUGCCCCUUCAUUCAGAAAGAGUUCAGCUGCCAAAAGAAUGGCCGCCAGGAUCUGGUUUACACUCAAUACCGAUGGCAACCUCUUGGUUGCACGCUCACUAGAUUUAAUGGUUUGAAGUUGCUAGAAAAGUUUAGAGGGAAGAGCAUAAUGUUUGUGGGAGAUUCACUAAGUCUAAAUCAAUGGCAAUCAUUGACAUGCAUGCUUCACUAUGCAGUUCCCAGUGCCCAAUUCAACAUUUCUAGAGUUGGAGAUGUCACCACAUUGGAAUUCUUGGAUUAUGAAGUAAAAGUAAUGGUAGAUCGAAGUGUGUAUCUGGUAGAUGUAGUGAUGGAAAAGAUAGGUAGGGUGUUAAAGCUUGAUUCCAUUCAAGGAGGAAAGCUAUGGAAAGGAAUCGACAUGCUUAUCUUCAAUACUUGGCAUUGGUGGAACCGUCGUGGUCCUACUCAACCGUGGGAUUAUAUUGAGGUAGGCGGCGUGAUUAAGAAAGAUAUGGAUCGAAUGCAAGCUUUUGAAAUAGCUCUCAACACAUGGGCCGGAUGGGUUGAUGCCAACAUCGAUCCUUCUAAAUCUCUCCUAUUCUUCCAAGGAAUUUCCCCCUCUCAUUACAAUGGAACUUUAUGGGGUGAACCAAAAGCAAAGAAUUGUGUAGGGCAGAAGCAGCCAUUGCUUGGCACAACAUAUCCAGGAGGGUUACCACCAGCCGUGGAUGUGGUAAAGAAGGUGUUAAGCAAAAUGAAAAAGCCAGUGAAGUUGCUUGACAUAACACUGCUGUCAUUGCUACGCAAAGAUGGGCAUCCAUCAAUGUAUGGGCUUGGAGGAUCUACUGGAAUGGAUUGCAGCCAUUGGUGUCUAGCGGGAGUUCCAGAUACAUGGAACGAGCUUCUUUACAAUCUUAUUCUUUGAUAUCAUUCAUUGUUUUAACAUCAAAAUAUAAUAAAAUGUCUCAACCAAUAAUCAAAUACAUUAUUUGAUUCUUAUAUCAUAUAUGACAUUGAUAAGAUGAAUAAUUAAUUUAGACAAAUGAUUAAAAUUA